AUGGUGCUGCCGCAUUUGGAAAACGACUUCUAUGUAGACGAUUGCUUAACCGGAGCCGAAACUAUACCAGAAGCUCUACAGAGGCAACAACAGCUGAACAAACUUCUGCAAAUUUCUGGAUUCAAGUUAAGAAAAUGGUGUACCAACAAUUUCCAAGUUCUACAAGGAGUUCCGAGGGAAGACAUCACUUUAAAUGUACAACUGGAGGAGACUUCAUAUGAGGACUACACGAUUAAGACCCUCGGAAUCACCUGGACACCAACGACAGAUCACCUUUACGAUCUGCCGGCUCAUCUUCAGGAGGAAUGGAAACGCUACAGGGAGGAGCUAAAGGUUCUGAACACCAUAAAAGUACCACGUCACGUAUACUCAGGAAAAAUACCUGUGACGGCAGAAAUCCACACAUUUGUUGAUGACUCGGAGAAAGCAUAUGGAACUGCUGUAUACAUCCGAGCAACAUAUAAGGACAAGCGAAGAAUGAUCCAGUUAUUAUGUGCAAAAUCUCACUUAGCACCAAUAAAUACAAUAACGCUACCGCGUCUGGAGCUUAAGGCUGCUGUAUUAGGAGCACAGUUGACUUCCAAAAUAAAUGAAGACUUGGCCAUGAAAAAUGCAUCCACAUAUUACUGGUCUGAUUCACGGAUUGUACUGUCAUGGAUUAAUUGCUCAUCAUCCAUUCGAGACAAAUUCGUUGCCACUAGAGUUGCAACAAUACAUGAGCUAUCCAUACCAAAACAGUGGAGACAUGUUGCAUCAGAACACAAUGCAGCAGAUGUCCUCUCCAGAGGAAUGACGGCUUCAAAAUUCGCGGAACAUACGAUGUGGUUCUACGGCCCUAUGUUCCUACAUGGUUCAUCAUCCACAUGGCCGUCUCCUUUUAUUGCUACCAACGAGGAAUUAAUAAUUAUGAAUCCGCCAAAGGUUAGUCAAUCAUCCGUGAUGACUAUCACAAAAGAGGAGGACAUAAUAUACACAAUACAACAUAAUAAUUCAUUUAACAAGCUACUCAGAGUAAUAGCUUACAUGAUGCACUUCCGACGUAAGAAGAAAUACAUAAGCCACACCAUUGAGUUUGAAGAAAUAAUGGAAGCCCGAAAAAUUGUUUUCCGCAACAUUCAAAAUAUCGACUUCAAAGAUGACAUCAAACAUCUCAAGAGGCAAAGGGAGACACUAAAAGGCAGUCCAAUCAACUCACUAUCACCAUUCUUAGAUCAGAAUGGAAUUUUGCGUGUAGGAGGUCGACUGGAGGCGGCAAAUAUAUCAUUCGACUCCAAACAUCCGAUACUUCUGCCAUACAACGACACUGUUGUGAAGAUGAUUCUUGUGCAAAUACACAAGGUCAACAUGCAUUGCGGACCUCAGGCUCUAUUAACUACAUCAAGGCAGCAAUUCUGGAUCCUUAAAGGAAAAACUAUGGCUAGGAGCACGGUAAAAGCCUGUGUCAAGUGCACUAAAGCUAAGCCAAAAUUAAUGGAGCAGAUCAUGGGAAAUCUGCCACCACUCAGGGUAACGCAAGCUCGACCAUUUUUCAACUCUGGCGUCGAUUAUUGUGGACCAUUUAAAAUCCACUACAAAAAACAUCGACGUUCACCUCAUACGCCCGUUUUGGAGAAAUCGAUGGUAACAAUACAACGAUUAAAAGACAAAAUAUUACCUCCAGGAAAUCAAAUAAAUUUGGCUAUACCGAACUACUGGAUCUUCAACGGGAUCUUGUACCAAACCGAAGACUCAGACUACCACAUAGACUUGAGACGAUCGAGCAUCACCACAUCGCAAUGUACAUCGGCCUAA